AUGGAGGCAGUUAUCAGCGCCAAUCAUCCACUGCCAAUCGCUACUGGUUCCAGUGGCUUUUCCUCCUCCUUUCUCCGCCGUCAAAGGAAACAUAGUACCACCGCCUCGAGCUCGAGCUUAACCUCAACCUCGACUGCUACCGGCCACCACAACGACCUCCCUCCUCCUAUCCUCCCUGGCAUCGAUCACUCUGCUCGGUCGAUCGUCGCAGCUAGCUCUUCCCCAGUCCGCAGGAAGCCUUUGCCUAUCAAUGCUUCGCCCGUCAUCCUAUCCAGGUUAUCCCAAGGCUCAUCUUUAUACUCACCAACCCUCUCUCCGCCGCCAACUCUAAUACCUCCGCCCCUACUACCACAAACACCACCGUCGUCCAGACCUAGUGCUACUGUCCCCGCCGGCAGACAAUCUACAGAUUCUUCAAGACAACUUGAAACCGUUGACGAGGUACUUCCUUUUGUGCCAAGAGACCUUGACCGUUAUCCCCGAGGCCAAUCUCCAUUGAUCCCCUUUCCCAUUGAUACAUCUCGUACCUUCAAAGACAUCCAGCAAAAACAAUCCGAUCUCUACUACGGUAGUAUCAACGACGACGUUUACCUGCCGCAUGGGACCCCCAUUCAUUCCCGUCUUUCAAGCGAACCCAUUAUCCCCGUGUUGAGGUCGCCGCCUCCGACUACUAAACAUAAGAGGUCCGAGACUAUGGCCUUGCAGCCUCCUCAGAGCCGGCCUCCACCUCUACAUAUUGACCCAACUCGAUCAGCUAUGCCCAGUCCAGGUGACAGACAGCCAAAGACGCCCGGUAACAAAAUCACUUCAUUCUUCGGAUGGAAAACAACCACAUCUCCCGGAGCAGAGUCAACAAGCACUGAAAUCAGUGACACCGGCCGCUCUCCAUUGCCUUCCCCCUUACCUCAAUCUGCUAGUGCUCCUUCUUUCAUCACUAAAGGCACUUCUUCUUUUCCCACCUCGAUAUCUGAAAACAACAUCCAUGGAUUUCCUCUUCCACCCGCCCGUCUGGGAUCUCUCAGCGGUCCGGCAUCCGGUAGCAAUGCAGAUUUCAUGAACAAGAUUUCCGAGCUCGAAGCUGAGCUUCGAGAGAUCAGCUCAGAGCUGGCUGGUUCUAUUCGUCGAGAAAUGGAACUAGAGGAUCUUGUUGAGAGGUUUCAACUAGAGUCACACAAUGACGCCAACCGAAGGACAAGUGAUUACUUUUCAGACUCUGGCAUGAGUGGUUCGAUACGAACGGGAACAGAUGGCGGCAAAGUAGAAGAUAUCGAGCGGAUAAAGCGAGCCGCAGAGCAGGAGCGAGCCCAAUUGAAGGUCGAGUUGAGUCAGAAAUGGCAGGAGGAACGUUCACGACGAGCGGCUUGCGAGUCACACGUUCAGAUUCUGGAAAAUCAAGUUCAACAGUUCCGUGCUCAGCGCGUCGACAACUCAAACCUCUCCUCCAAAACAAGAGAAUUGGAAGUUGCUCUAGAAGACACUCGACGAAAACUCCUCGAGGAAAGACAACUCAAGGACAACUUUGAGGACUUGCUGACAGCUAUGCGUGUGGAAUUAGAGCAACUUAGAAACGAACGCGAUCACUUCCGUGAUGAGGUUGUUCCUGCUUUGCAGGCAGGACAAGCAAAUCAAAAGAACCGAUUCCAGGCCAUAGCAGAGGAAGAUGGCGUUGUCCGUAACCGCGGUUCGAUGGUUGGCUUGUCGAGAUCGAACUCACUGGCUCGGGUACCGAAGCGGUCGAGCGUAGUCGGUACUGGCGGCCUAUCACGAUCGAAUUCCAUCUCUGCAGGCAAUAACAGACAGGUGGAGUCGCGCGAAUCAUUAGCUGAUCGAGUCAAGGACGUCGAAGCCCAAAGGGAUGCCUUGCACAAGGCACUAAAGAGUCUUCUGGACCGGCAGGCAUGGCAAGCUCGUGAAAAUGAGAAGCGACUCACAAUACUUGAGAUAGAGCUGACCAAGGCCCAAGAUGUUGGCUCUCCACGAAAGUUGGGUUACGAGAGGGAAGUUCGGAACCUUCGGGAAGAAAUUAACCACCUUCGACGACGGGCGGACGAAGCUCUUGAGCAAAAGUGGCAGUGUGAGAAAGGUCUGGGUGGUCUUAAAAUGGAUUUGGACCGUGCCGAACAGGAAACUACCUCGUUGCGUAUGCUCUUGCAGGAGCAUGACAUUGCACUGCCAGCAGGAAUGGAUAUGGCUUCGAAUGAAGAGGGACUGGCCAAUAUGCAAAUCACCUCCUCGGCAUUGGAAUCAGCCUACCAUCAGUUGCAGGCAGAAAUGGAAUCAGCUGAAGCGGAAUCCUGGUCUCCAGAAGAUAUGAAUCGUAAUGAGAAUCUAGCGGGACAGGUGCGUCAACAGCUCGAGACUAACAAUGCUUUACGUCGACGUCUUGCAGAAGCUAUUGCCAAGGGAGAACGGGAACAGAAAAUGUCUGCAUCACGCAUCAAUGAAAUGCAAACCCGGUUGAGGAAAUUAGAAGACACUCUCGUGGACGCCCAGCAUCACUCGGAAGAUGAAAUGACCAAACAUGAGGAAGAAGUCCGAGCAUUGAAAGAAAGCCACAGUGUGCAGCUCAUGCGGGCCAAAAUGGGAAUCAAGACGCCAGUCUCUCUUUCUCCGAACCCAGCAGCCUCACCAUUCUCGGGAGCGCGAUCCCCACGACUUGAUGUGACGACAACUGGAGAGGGUGUCCCAUUGAGCGAAGCAGUCUCGGUAGCCAAGCUCGAAGUCAAGGUCAAGGAACUUGAAAAGGCUCUCCGGGAUGCCGAUUUUGAGAUGGAGGAAGUCGUGCAGCGUAUGAACAAGGCGCAAAUCGAGGUUGCAGAACUUCAAUCUGAUCGGGACGAGGCACUUCGCCAGACUCGCCGUCUUGAGGCUGCAAUUUUAGCCGAACGCGAAAAAGUGAAACAAUAA